UUUGAUAACAUUUACAACACUAUUAUAAACAGCUAUUUGUAGCAUUCUUUUGUUUGGCUGUCAAUUCUCCUGUGCUUAAUUUCGCAAUGUUGAAAAGCAGCAACUUAAAUAGUGUCAUUGAUCAACUCGAUGCUGAUCGCACGGUCACCGGCGCUGCCGCAUCUUUGCCAGAGAACAACAACAAGCUAGUGAAAACAGACCACAACGAGUGCUCCAUGGCAGCCUUACAAAUGUCCUUCGGAGUACUCGAAAUAGCCGAGCCGCCCUUAGUACGUAUCCGCGCGCAGCUCAAGGAAUUAAUCGGCAAGCAAAACAAGUUCUAUAUUGACGUCUCCAAGGAGAAAUAUAAGCUGGACUGCAGUGAGGUAGCAAAAUUAAUUGAUAUGAUGAAUGAUGUGAAGCGCUACAAAGAGAGACUGGUGAAAAUAAAAAAGGAUAUGCAGUCCAUUUACCAACGGUCUAAGGUUCUAAAGAAACGAGCCGCCAACGUGGCCACUUGUAAGCAGCGCGAUUACCAGCGCAAACUCGAGAAGCAACAGCAGGAGGAGUCGCUCAUAGGCGGCCAGUUGCAGUAGUUAUAUAGGUCUUAGCCAUACGCCAUACCAUCAUAAGUAAUUACAAAGUUGCCGUACCCAAACAUGGGUAUUGCAAUCUCUAACAAGAAUCUAAACUAGAACUAAAUAAACAUAUAACAUUAAAAAUGUUUAUCUAUGGAUUAAAGCCCAUAAUUAACUAAUAUAAACAA